AUGGAAAUUUAUACAUCUGCUAAAGAUGGUGACGAGCUGGUCGCGAAUAUAAAGUCUGAUCUUGAAAAUGUCCGUAAAUGGAUGUUACAAAAUAAGCUUCAAAUUCAACCAACAAAGACAAAACAUAUGUAUGUACAUUGGAUCGUCUUUUAA